CAGAUUGAAGCCCAAAAAGUUCCCAAGAUUUGAAAGUCCUCGUUUCCGAGUUCAGACUUCAGUCGCAAAUUUUCCGCCAUAGAUACUUUCUUCUAGUUUCCACCAAGCUCGAAGCUUGCUUUGCUUCAGAGCAUCACCUCUCUCUCGCUCUUCAUUAUUACAUUUGCAGUGUUUAUUUUUUGUUGAUUUUGAAGAUGAACGGCGAAGAGUUGACUGAGCAGGAAACGGCUUUGUAUGAUCGCCAAAUUAGGGUUUGGGGAGUUGAUGCCCAAAGAAGGCUCAGCAAAUCUCAUAUAUUUGUCAGUGGACUCAAAGGCACCGCUGUAGAGUUCUGCAAGAACAUUGUUCUGGCAGGGGUAGGAAGUUUGGCCUUGAACGAUGAUAACCCAGUCACAGGAGAAGCAUUAGCUGCUAACUUUUUGAUUCCCUUUGACGAAAACAUGGGUGGUGGAGGUUCGCUUGCAGAGCUUUGCUGUGAUUCUUUGAAAGAUUUCAAUCCUAUGGUUCAUGUUUCUGUAGAAAAAGGCGAUUUGUCUAACUUUGGUGUAGAUUUCUUUGAAAAGUUCGACGUCGUGGUUAUCAGUUGCUGCUCACUUGCAGCCAAAAAAUCGGUGAAUGAGAAAUGCCGCAAGUUGUCAAAGCGAGUUGCGUUUUAUACUGUGGAUUGUAGAGAUUCUUGUGGUGAAAUAUUUGUUGAUUUGCAUAAUUAUUCUUAUGCCAAGAAAAAAGCUGAUGAGACGGUUCAGUGCCAGUUGCAGUAUCCAUCAUUUGAGGAAGCAAUUGCAAUACCAUGGAGGUCCCUUCCUAGGCGAGUAGCAAAGCUUUACUUUGCUAUGAGAGUGGUAGAAAGGUUUGAAGAUGUAGAAAGGCGCAGACCUGGAGAGACUUCCAUUGCAGACCUGCCUAGUGUCAUGAAGCUGAGAAAUGAACUUUGCCUGGCACAUUCGCUUAAUGAAUCACAGAUUCCAGACUCUCUUCUAGAGAGGUUGGUUGUGUCAACAAAAGAAUUCCCUCCUGUCUCUGCAGUACUUGGGGGAAUCCUCGGCCAGGAAGUAAUUAAAGCAAUAUCAGGCAAAGGCGACCCCCUAAAGAAUUUCUUCUUUUUUGAUGCGGUGGAUGGGAAGGGCGUCAUAGAAGACAUCUCUUAAAACUUGGGACAAACCCAGAUAAGUGCAGGACAGAACCAACUGUACAGGUGAAGAGUUAAAAGAUGAUGGUGGUUGGAGGGUUCGAGUCUUGUCAAAGCUCGCACAUGGCAUGUAGGAUAUGCGAGGUCGGUUUCUACUAUGCAUUUGUAAGAUUUCGCAGAUGCAAUCAUUAAAUUACUAGAAAUAGAUUGAUUUAUAGCAACCAAAUAUAAAGAGAUUACAAAGAAAAAUAAGUUAGAACCUUCUUAUAUCCUCAAUAGAUUUAAUAAAUGCCGUCGAGCGAACAGUUUCUAAACGAAA